GCAGAGUCCGGCCCAGAGCGAGGCCCUGUUGCCGCCGCCGCCGCCGCUGUCGGGAGGCGCAGCCGUUACCCACGGCGCGGCGCAGGGCGGGGCGGGGCCGUGCGGGGCCGCCGUCGCGCCCGUCACAGGCGGCGCGGCCGGCUCGGCGCGGCGGCCAGCGCGGAGCUGAUGGUGGAGUUCUAGGUCAAAUGAUUAGUUCUGUGACAAGACAGCAUGACACUUUGAGUAUGACAGAAGCCCUGAUGCUGCAGCAGAGGCUGGGAAUAUUAAUGGCCAAAUCUAGAGAUCACAUGGUCUUCUAAAGAAGUCAUGGGUAGCUGUUGUAGCUGUCCAGAUAAAGAAACUGUCCCAGAUAACCAUCGAAACAAGUUUAAGGUUAUUAAUGUGGAUGAUGAUGGUAAUGAACUGGGUUCUGGCAUAAUGGAACUUACAGAUACAGAACUAAUUUUGUACACCCGUAAAAGGGACUCUGUAAAAUGGCACUACCUCUGUCUCCGUCGCUAUGGCUAUGACUCAAAUCUUUUCUCUUUUGAAAGUGGCCGAAGGUGUCAAACUGGACAAGGAAUCUUUGCCUUUAAAUGUGCCCGUGCAGAAGAGCUAUUUAACAUGUUGCAAGAGAUAAUGCAGAAUAAUAGCAUAAAUGUAGUAGAAGAACCAGUAGUAGAAAGGAAUAAUCAUCAAACUGAGUUGGAAGCUCCAAGAACCCCUCGAACGCCUACCACUCCUGGGUUCAAUGCACAAAGUUUACCUAACGGCUAUCCCAGAUAUCCAUCUUUUGGAGAUGCUUCAUCACAUCCUUCCAGCAGACAUCCUUCUGUCGGAAGUGCACGCCUCCCCUCUGUUGGUGAAGAAUCAACACAUCCUUUACUUGUAGCAGAGGAGCAAGUUCACACUUAUGUCAACACUACUGGGGUACAAGAGGAAAGAAAAAAUCGAUCAAGUGUGCAUGUGCCACUGGAAUCAAAGCUUUCAAACACUGAAACAACUAAAGUGAAAGAAGAUCCAAUGUGUACUGAUGACAGAGAUGCUCAGGUUCUCCUGGAGCCUGAAGGAGUCAAGUUUGUUUUAGGACCAACACCUGUUCAAAGGCAGUUAAUGGAAAGAGAGAAACUGGAGCAACUUGGGAGAGACCAAGUUAGUGGCAGCAGCACAAACAACACUGAAUGGGACACUGGGUACGACAGUGAUGAACGUAGAGAAACACCGUCUGGUAAUAAAUUGGUGUAUGAAAAUAUAAAUAGGUUAUCAAUCCCUAGUGCCUCAGGGGUCAGGAGAGGUCGUUUGACAUCCAGCAGUACCUCAGACACCCAGAACAUUAACAACUCUGCUCAGAGGAGAACUGCGCUGUUGAACUAUGAGAACUUGCCAUCCUUGCCUCCUGUUUGGGAAGCCCGCAAGCUGAGUAGAGACGAAGAUGACAGUUUAGGACCAAAGACCCCAUCACUGAAUGGCUACCACAAUAACCUAGAUCCAAUGCAUAAUUAUGUCAAUACAGAGAAUGUAACAGUGCCAGCAAGUGCUCAUAAAGUAGAAUUUACACGACGUCGGGACUGUACCCCAACAGUCUUUAACUUUGACAUUAGGCGUCCAAGUUUAGAACACAGGCAGCUCAACUAUAUACAGGUUGACUUGGAAGGUGGUAGUGACUCCGACAACCCUCAGACUCCAAAAACCCCCACCACUCCACUUCCGCAAACUCCAACCAGGCGCACAGAGCUGUAUGCUGUGAUAGACAUUGAAAGAACUGCUGCUAUGUCAAGCUUGCAAAAAGCACUGCCCCGAGAUGAUGGUACUUCUAGAAAAACUAGACAUAACAGUACUGACCUGCCUAUGUGAGCCUGGGAAGCAUUAAAUCAUUUGCACCUUUUGUGAAGUUUAUAAAAUUGAAGAUGCAAAUACUUUGCAUUUCUUAACACUAACACCUUUUAUAGACUAAUAGAACUUUUUCUGCAUACUUCAUGUACUUGUCUAACUAAAGGGAAUUAAUGUAGAGCAAGUAUUCAUUUAGGUAACACUAUUUCAUUCUACAGUAGUAGUAAUUACUGCAUAGCAGCAUCACCACCUUUCACAGUGCCUCUUUAAACCAAUUAGAGUCUGAGUGACAUGCCAGUUUUGAAUUUAUAAGUAUUCUGGUCCGGUGCCUAUACUUGUUAAUGGCAUUUAUAACACUUUUUAAAGCCUCUUGAUAUGUGCAUUAUUAGCAGGUAAACCUAAUCUUUCAAGAUACCUGUCAUAUGUUCAUUCCUCAUUGAAGUGGCUCCUCCAGAAUGAAACGUCUAUAACGCAUUAAUUUACUCAGUUUGACAUACACAAGAGAUAUUGGUUCAUCUCAAGGGAUACAAGCACCACACUUUUGUCUUUUUUUUUUUUUUUUUUAAGACCACAUGGGCAAGAAGGCCUGUAAUUCCCAAUAGUUUUCUUAACUUGUGUGACAUUUGAGAGGUCACAUCGAAGUUCAUUGAUCAGAGUUAUAAACGCAUCUAAACCCAGCCUUAAGCUCCUUCUUUCUGACUGGCAUAUCAAAUUCCCUGUGAAAUCUGACAGAAUUUCAAUCUCAGAGUUUUGGGGGUGUGUUUUGUGAAGGAAUUCACAGGUUGGCUGUAUGAAUUAAGGCCCUCUUGUCAUUUCUUAGUUCAGUGUGCCUUCCUUUUCUUUGCAUUUGUGUGUUUUGGUUUUUUUUUAUCUGUUCCAUAUUGUCUUGUCUUAAAAGUCAAAAUUUUGUACAUAGCUUUAAUUAUUGUUCAGGGUCGUUUAUGUGUUUGUCUUACUCUCUUCAUUUGACAAAGACUCUUGAAGGUCAAAUGGUUGUCUGUCCAGUGUUCUACUUUUUUAUGCCUGACAGAAAUAUCCCAGCUCUCCAGCAGCAUGCAUUAUUGCACAACUGGAAAGGUAUAUUAUGCAGUUAUUGUCUUCCUCUAAAGCAUCAGACACAAGUUACACGGGAGGCAGGGUACUGGACUUGAUAGUUCUUUGUAGAAAAUUGUACAUUCUAGCAAUGUGCAUCCAUAGUAGAUAGUAUAAUUUAGAAAGAUACGUAGUAAAUUAUCUGAAGGUAGUAUUAUCUACAAGCAUACUGCUUUUCCUUUUGCAGUUGGUGAACUUGGUUACAAUGAUAGCUGCUUAGUGUUACAGGUACAUCCAGGUAGAAUGUCAUUUGUUGAAUAUGCCAGGUGCACCCUUAGCAGAGCUUUCAGGAUUUGUUUUUCUUUCCUUUUUUUUAAUACUCUGAAGAAUUUUAGAAUUCUGGCAGUAUUGCAGGUGCACCUUGGUACUAGCAGCAGAAGAGAUUACUCUUGAGCCUGUGAUUGCAAAGGAACUGACACUUGUGUGAACUGGUGUGAUGUAAAAUAACCCUUGAACUGUGAGUGAGGAAAAACAUGCAAGAAAAGCCAUCUGGAGAUCUGAAAAAGAAUUAAGGGUCUUCAUGCAAUAUUUGAAUUGAAGUUUUAUAAAAAGCAAACUGCAGGUCUUUUCAGUCUUUUAAACUGGAGUGUAUUCCUGUUCCUUUGUUAACUUUUUCUUUGGUUUUCUCUCAGUUUAGUAGUGGCAGCAGUGGUAGCACCUGAAAUGCAUGCAUCUUGCCACACCAUUAAGGGAUACCAGGCAACCUUUUCACUCUGACUUCAAUUAUCCUUUACAGACUGUAUGGUACUGAAAUACCAGAUGCACAAAUAACAUAAUUUGCAGGAGUAAAAGAUGGGGAGUUGUUGAGACCAUUAUGAGGAACUUAAAUGAGAUUUAAAAGAAAACCUUAUUAAUGAUUUCAUGGUCAACCUAUGCAUACUCCUGUGAUAGAGCCAUUGACUUGUGAGGAGACCUUGGUACUCAAGAAGGUAAUGCCUGCUAAGAGCUAGACAUUUUACAGGUCUGCAGUGUUAGUGCUCCUUCACAUUUUUGCCAUUGCCUCACCUUAUGCUAUGGACCAGUCUUGGUUUGUUCUGAAGAGAAAUUGCCAGGUAUUGCAAAAUACUUACUGUGUUCAUGAUACUGGUGUGAUCCUUGUUCUUAGCUUAUAGCUCACUUAAAUUUGUAAGCCGAACUAAUGCUUCAGCGUGUGUUUUGAGGCAAACGCAUUUGAUCUAGCUAGCUGCCUAGAAAUCUUUGGUCCUCACCUCUAUAGUAUGAGUGUUUCAGAAAUACUAGUAAAUUGGACCCUUAAAACACACCUGUGAAGCAGGGAAGUAAUAUUCUUAAUUGACAAAUAGGGAUACAGAGGCUUCAGGUAGAUCCCACGUGACCUGCCAAAACUACAACCAACCAUAUCCCUCCUUAGUUCUGGUGCGCUGUCCUGUGUUUGUCCUGAAUAGUCUCAGAUACAAGGGGUGGUCCCAGUAAUUUUUUUUAUGUUGUUGCAAGUUUCACAGUACUUCAUAGGGGGUGUUUCCUUAGCUCUGGUCCCCAGAAUUGAGAACAUACUGAAAUUGUAGCCUUAAUUGUAUUAACAAAUCUGAUAUCAUAUUUUCCAGGGCUAUUUUUUUACCCUUUUGCAUUUUACAGGUGGGAUAAUGCUUUCUCAUUUUGUGUACACUGCAGACAUACUGGGUAGUCCCUUUUACCCAUGCUACUCAUCUUCAGCAUUCCUUAUUUUCUGCCCCUUGAAGUAGAUGUAGUUGCAAUGCACUUUACCUCUUGAGACUUGGUAAAUAUUUUUUCAAUUCAGUCUCUUUAAAGGCUGUGAUGGUAGGUGUAGUGUCUAUAAUCUAGGAUUCCGUUUUGAGCUGAGAACUCUCCGCGGCAUUUAGAUCAUAUUUAUUUUGGGCCCACAGGUGUACAGAUCAAGAAACUACAAAUACAUAACCAUUUUCUCUAGUAACUGAGACAUGUGAAGUUUACAUAAACUAGGUCCUGCAGAAAUCACAGCAUCUCUAUCAGGUCUGCUUUUCAUCCAUAACAUGCAAUUGGCUGCUGCCCUUCAAGCACACUUGACAAGGGAAACCCUUUAACUGUAGGUGUUCCUUUAAUGCAAUGAUUUGGGAAAGACAUACAUUAGUGUAUCGCCUAAAGAAGGAAAGAGAGUUGAAAAAAAAGAUGAAACAGUGACCAAAAGUACAUAAUAAAGAUUGUACUAGAAAUACAGUUAGUGAGAAUGUACUCCAUUGAUCGUAUCAGGAAAAUAUUUGUUUUUCUCAAAUUGAUGUCAAAAGGAGGACUAAUUUUUAAAAUUUUGUAAUAUUUCUUGGUGACUCCAUAAAACAAUAUAAAGACCAUUCUGAAAACCUUGACUCUCAUUAGAACACUUUUGGUUUCCCCCGAUAAGUACGUUUUGCAUAUGACAGGGGUUGAAUGUAAUGGUGUGCGCUGAAGCCCUAUUCCUGUUAAAGUCUACAGAACUCUUCUAGAAAUCUGAAGUGUUCAGAUAGGUAUUUCAUGUCAUAAGCUGCUUAAUUCCCCCCUUCCCCCCCCCCCCAAUGUUUGGAUAUUUGUGUGCGUGUUUACACUCUGACUAGGGCCACAGAAAGAUGUAAGCUGUACAAAGUCCAAACCAAUGUCAAAACAGGGCUGUUCUUUUGCAGGUGACAGGCCAGCAGCUGAUUUUGCUGGUUUUUUAACAGUGUGUAUUGGCUCAAAGUCUGACUAUCCUUGGUUUUGUUUUGCAUUUAGCCACUUCUCAAUGAGACAGAGCCAGGAGAGAGUAGAUUGUCUUUAUUCACUGUUGGUGAAGUAAAAAUGCAAGUUCUGAUUAAUGUCAGUUAUGACUUCGAGCAUGUAAUGAUGCGUUUGAUUUGGACCUCUAUUUCUAAGCAGUAUUCUCCUCUUCGUGUAAGGUGGGAUCAAUGGUGAAAUUCUAUUUCUGCACUGUACUAAUUUAUUUAAUGUCUGCAAAUAAGAUGAACCUGAUUUAGUAGGAACUAAUAGUGGACUUAAAUCUGAAAUUUCUCCUAAAGAAGGUUGGUCCUUCAGUUUGAUAGAUAGAAUCAGGUAUUUUUGGAACUUAAUGGUAAGAUCUUUCCCAUCAUUUCCUUGAGGUAGCAAUUCAGGCAUUUAUAUUUGACAGUAUUUACUUAAUAUAAACAUAAGUUCAUUUAUGAUAUCUUAAUUUUAAAUUCAUAUACACUCCAAAAAAAUCCAGAAGAAAUUCCACCACAAAAAACUGCGUUAAGAUGGAGUCAAGGUAGCUAGUGUCCUUCUUACAGAGCAUAUAUACAAAAAAGACAGGAAGUCAUGAGUUAAGGUUCUUUCACAAUCUUUAGGAAUUACUUCCUCUUUUGGACAAGAUCAGUGAAUAAGAAAUAAAAAAAAUUUAGCAGCUGUAACUCUGACCAUGUAUGCAUUAUUUCUUGUGAUACUGUGCUGUAAGGUAUGUGGCUAAGUCUGUCAGAUGUCUCAUGAGGAUAUUAUCCUAACACGGUGUUUACUCCAGAUUAACGCAGUAUUUUGUUUGGAAACAUGUAGGUGUACAGAUAGAAAUAGAGUAUGAGAGAGAAAGUUACCUUUAAAGUUGAUGAAACACGUGUUGGACAUUUCUAUAUUUUUAUAUAUUACAAAGGGCAUUUUGAAAUUUUUCUUGCAGUUUUAGUAAUUAUUUAGUGUGGUAAUAUACAUAUAUUGUGACAACAUUUUCUGCUAUAUCCAUUACUUUGGUGUAAUUCUAUUUUAUGUAGCAAACAUGUAUAUACAAAGGAGAUUAUGUAAAAAAUAUGAUCAAGAAAUAGGCUCGAGCCCUUCAGAAACAGGGACUGUCUUCCUCUGUGUCUGCAAAGUACUUAAUGCCUUGGGGUCCCAGCCACAGCUCACAUCUGAGACCCAUGGUGACCAAAUUGCCAAGCGACGGGCGCGGAGGAGCAGCUCCUCUGCUUUCCACAAGAAGCCUUAGUACAAGAGGUGCCGUGAAGCUCACCUUGCCACUCCCUGGUGCCGGGGCUGUGCUCUACAUGGGCAUUCCCAACGCCACCUGCCAGCAACCCACAGAGCCCAGAGUCUGUCUGUCCUUUGCUCCAGUCCUUCCCUUUGGCAGUAGGAAAGGAAGUCUGAGCUAGGAGCUUUGAUGUCAUCAGGGAAUCUUCCUUGUUAGCAGGGCGAUCCUUCCGGAGCUUGUUCAGGCCUCGUGCAGCGUCCUUUGAAGCCAAAUGAAUGAUUCGUGUUGACUUCAAGGGCCACUGGAUGCGUUCCUACCAGAUCAAGUUCUGCUGACGUAACAGCUCUGUUACACCUGAGGACCUGGUUGGUCAAGUUCUUCAGGAAUGGUCUAAAAAUACUGUAAAAAUAUAAAUAUAUUUAAUUACACGUACUGAAAAAAAAUCCUAUUUGUCGUGGUCAGAGUUCAGAUUAUUAUGUGAAUUUUGAUUUCUUAGUCAUACUUGCAUAUAUAUUGCUUUAACUAUUAUGUAUGAAAGAGGAAGUGAUUCUAAAGUGUGUGAAAGAUCAGGAUUACGCCUGUUUUCUAAUGGUUAUGUUAUUUAGGACUGGAUGUCAGCAAAUUUAACUCCAUAUUAAUGCAGUUUUUUUGCAUUAGAAUAUGUGUGUAUAUCAUACACCCACAUUUUAUAUAUAAUAUAUUAUAUAUUUGGUACUAACUUUGUAUUUCCCCGAAUUUUUGCCAAAUCUCGAACACAGAUGUUCUCACUUGUAAGACUUUGGUACUUAAUAACUGAAUGUAUAAGAAAUGCUCUGGUAUGAAAGGAGAGUGUGUUGUAUGGUGUCCCACAAUACAGAUGUCUCAAACCAGCAGGCACGUUGCCUUUUUCACAUGUCACUUCAUUGCAGCAUCACCUUCCGCCUCCUGAAAAAGUCUGUGUUUUUAACUAAACUGCAGACCUGCUGUUACAGUACAGCUGAAUACCGCUCUAGCAUGAAAGCUGACUGCUAGUAGUACGAAUACAAUAGUCACCAGUGUGCCACAAAUGCAUUUAUUAAAUGCAGAAAAUAGACAUUUCUACAAAGGCCAAAAUCUUAUGUUGUAUGUUCCUUUCUUGUCAUUACAUUGUAUGAUAUUGUAAGAUUAUUGUAUGUCCUAAUUUGCAUUAUAAAAUGUUUUUUCCUACUUAAAGGCAUAAAUAUAGCAACUUUGUAUAAAGGUAGCUUUCUAGAUUUUUAUUUCUUUUAUAUAAAAAAAAAGUCUAAACAGUGGGACCAUUGCCAAAUUGUUUAUAAAAUUUCAGCUAAUUUGCCCUGUUCAGUUUGUUUUUACAAGCAUUCUGUAUUUCUUUUAUGAAAAAAGUGGUAUUAUACUAUGCAGAAAGAGUGUAUUUUUAUGCCAUUCCAUGUUAACCUUAAAGAAAUUGAUUUCACUUGUUUUAAGCUGUCAUUAUUGAGAAAGCUUACCAAAUGUGCAUUUUUUAAAAAAUCUAUGAUGUAUUAUGACAACAUUUUCCCCCUUUACCAGUGCCAACUUCAUCUGGAAAGAAAAAAAAAUUGUAGCAUGGCAAUAAAAAAUUGAUUUUACAUUGAA